AUGCCUCGUAAGCAACAUAUGGGUAAUAAACCUCCCCGGCGCAAUUCCCCAAGCACCAUCAAACGAAACACAUGGAUUAACGACACUGACCCGCUGCAACUCAUCCGCAUGCCGCCUACCGCCGGAAACGAGAUUUUGCUGGACGUGCGCAAGGUUGACAACACUCUCGGAGUUACCAUCGCUCCGUCCUUACCUGCUACUGCACGGUCACUUAUAGCACUAGGCAUCCUACCUCGAUAG